AUGGCUGCGGGGGGGUAUGCCCAUCUCAAGCAGAAAGUCAAGGCUCAAGCCGCUGCGGGCUACCUUGGCCUUAAAAAGGCAUGGGCGGUCAAUGCAGCUGCGGGCCAUCCCAAUUUCCGGAAGGCACACGCGGCCGAUGCUGCUGCAGGUUACCCCAGGCUCAAGAAGGCGACUGCGCGAGAGCGAGGCGCAACGCUGAGAGGAUUGCAAAAAUUAGCGCACUUCGAGAGAAGGGCGGCCUCGCAGCAAACAGAAUGCAGGACAAUCGAGAACCAUGCUAUAUGGUAUCACCCCACGGAGGCACCGUUUGGUUGGGAGAAGGAGAACCAGCCUGCGCCCAAACACUAG